GCGCAGAUUAUACACUUGACGAAAGAGGAACAUCGUCGACAAGCAUGGCUGGCAACAAGAAGCGCAACGAGUAUGAGCCGAUACGGGACAGAACAGCGCCACCGUCGCGGUAUGCGUCGCAAAACCAGUCAAGAUCAUCCACGGAAAGCGCCAUUCCGAUCCAGAUCCCUCCGUACGACAUCGAAGCUGGCAAAUUUGCCAUUUUGGAGCGGCAGAAACACGUGUGGUCAACUUUGGACUCGCGCGCGCGAAAGAUUCAACUCUUGGCGAUUCUGCAAGCUUUCAUUGGAAUUCUGGUGUCCAUGGACAGCGUGUGGUACACGCACAUCUUCGGCAUUGCGAUCGGGCUCGUCGGACUUGUUGCCGUUCGUGGAGACAAACCUGACGUGCUCAUGGUAUACUUGUUCCUGUGCAUCAUCGAAUUUGUCAAGAACAUUGGGUACGUUCAAGACGUGUGGUCGCAUUGGGGCGACGCUCCUCCUGCUCCUUCAGCCACGAGGGCGGCGCCGAAUGGCACGGACAGCGUCCGGGAGUACGACCCGACAGGAUACGGAAAGAACGUAAACCGCUGGGUCGCUGUUGGCCUUGAGAACAAGUACCUCAUCUUUCAGUUGUUCAUGGUCGGGAUCGAAGAGAUCCUUCUCAUUCCGUGCGUCCUCGUGCUCGGGUAUGCUUCCGUGCAUGCUGCGCUGCAACACUUUUAGAUCCCACAUCCCGCUUAUUAUUUUCUCAUUUUCGUCAUUGCGAACGUGUCGCUCGAAUUACGUCGAGUUUCGCUGUGGGAGCAAUUGCUACAGCAACGUCACCUUGCCUUCUUCCACAAGCGACCUCACGACGCGAUACCGAAGGACAUGGCGGUCGUUCUUGCGAGCAUUCACAUGCUCGGAGCCCCUGCCGUCGAUCCAUCAAUCCAAAUGGAUUGGCAUUCGACCUAGCCGUACCGAUCGUCGAUUUGAACGUUUCCAAUGUCCUCGACAGUUUGGCAAAAUACAAACGCGUCCAGGUUGGGGUGGUCGACUACGCGACGACACAGCAUGAGUGGGCCACGUUGGUUGGGGCGGGACCGAAACAAGUACUCAUGUGCGGCUCGUCGAGCUGUUGAUGUUCGUUGGGGAGUCUUGACAAGAGUAGAUCGCGACAGUGACUUUCAUACAAGUCCUUGAACCUACCAAAGGGGUGGCGCGACGUUGCAGACGAGAGG